UUUUUUUUUUCGGCAGAACAAUUUGAUAAAAGUUUUAUUUUGUGACGGUCGCAAUUUUCCAACGCGUGUUUUUUUUUCGGUUAUUUGAUUCGGAAUAUAUUCCAUACGAAAAUGGAUUCAAUAAAUUAUGAAGAAAAUUUUCAAAUGUUCUACCGGAUGGCCAAAAUUCUGAUUCUGGAAUUGAAGGAUGAGGAUAAGGUUCUAGCCGCCCAAUGGCUCCGGAAGUUGGCGGCUUGUAAAUCGCCGAACGAUGCGGAACUACGCAAUCACUACAUGACACUGUUGCUGAUCACAUUGCAGCAACAGCGCAUCGUUGGUCCGUUCAAGCAACAACCCGUCGCUGGCAGUGCACUGGAAGUGUUUCCACAGGAAUACCAACCGGCUGAUAUUCAGCAGUUGAUUGUGGAAGACCUGGCACAGACUCCACCGCCUCCUUUGGUACAGUUUGCUCUCACCGGAAACUCGAUGAUGACCGAGUUUGCCGUCGCUCAGGAGAUACCGAAAUUUGGUGUUCAUUUCUACUACGUAUGUGCGCUGGAGCCUAUUUACGAGUUCCAACGUAUUCAUCAAUCACGGAUACCGCGGCCUUUGCUCGGUCCCACCCGGUCAACAAUGCGCGAGCUGAAUGCUGGCGUCGAACGAGUGCUUCGAGCGGAAAAGUCACGAAUGAAGAUAACCUUGGACAAAUCCGGUAAAAAGAAAAUUCAGAUACGAGAUGAAAAUUUUGCUGCUUUUUCAGAAACAGCUAAGAAAGGGAAAAUGUCCAAGCGCUUGCAGAAACGGCUAGGAGUUGCCGCUGCACCCGAACCCGAACCAGAAGUUCUAGAUGACAGUUGGGAAAAGCCUUCACCGAAAAAACCUCCGGUAUCGGACCCAUCGGUUGCGAAAGCUUUCAAAGCAGGUGCAGCGUCUGCUGCCGCGACUGGUACCCCGAAACGGAAACCAGGAGCUGCCACGAAACCGAAAAGUGUCCAGAACCCCGGUGCUCCCAAACCAGGUAUUAAACCACCGACUGCUGCUUCUAGAAAACCCGGCGUUAAAACACCAGGAAGACUACAACGGAGGCAACAACCAGCAGCAGAAGAACCGUCCGAACUGGAUUUAAUGUACUACACUUCUCCACUAAGAUAUACACGAGAUCCCAGUGCUCCGCCCACUCCACCUUUGUUUAUUCCUGGCGUUUCAACCAAGGGAAUGGUGUACGAGCAAGAAGACUUCGGGGUUGAUCCUUCUGAAGAGUUCAAAUAUUCAAAAGCAAAAUUGUUAAAGUCAACAUGGUCACCAUCGCAAGGCUCUGGUCGUACUCAAGUUCUGGACAUUAUCGAACACCAUCCGAUAACGGAGGAUCUUCAACAGAUUCGUAGCGAGGAGAGACCUCGCAUAAGAACUCCUGAGGUGUACGAGGAAAUUCGUGAAACACAACGGCGCACCAAACUGCUGGAGGGAGCUGAUCCAAGAACACGACUGCUCAUGCAGCGGUUCUACUCGACAAAAGAUGCUAAACCACGAGCACUCGUCUUUUCGCAACCAGACGAGACAACAAUGGUUACAGCACAACUUUCUGCGCGGGCAACAACAGCUACAACUCCGGGAAUUGUUCGGCAAGGAGUGUUGGACGAUUCGUACACGCCAAUACUGUUGGAUGAUACCGAUGAAUUCCUGGCUCUGGAAGGUGAUGCAUCUUACGAUAUAAUUGAAGAACAAACUCAGCUCUAUUGGGCCGAACAAAGCGCCUAUCGAACACAAGACAUUCCUGCUCCGACCGGUCAAUCCUCACCAAUUGUCGCGGAAAGAAGUCAUCGCCUUCCACCAGCUUCAUCAAUUUUGGAAGAACCGAGCCAAUUACUUCCGCCGUCUUCAACGGUGUAUGAAGAUCAAGCUGAAGAUGCCGAAUUCCUAGCUGAUGCUGAGAUGGAGUUUGAAGAUGAUUCAUUGGACUGGGGUAGCCCUCUUGCGAUUCCCCAACGAAUCAGCCCCCGUAGAACACCUGUUAGAUCUCCUCAAGAUGCCGUAAGCAAACUAGAACAAGCUCGUAGAGCCUACCGUGAGACUAUAGGAGUUGUUAGUCCUCAAACACUCCAAACAGUUUCUCCGAAAACUCCACAGAAACGCACACCUCCGAAGGCACCUUCUCGAGUAGCAGACGACAGACUGUUGGACAUCAGUGGAGACGUACCCUACAUAAGUCCGAAAACUCCUACAAAGGUAGCUGCAAUGAUGGAUCUUAUUACGGGUGGAACACCGGCAAGAAUCGCACUGAUUAUGGAACAAAUUGAUCAGCAAGUGGAGGCACAUCACGAAAUUAUUGCCAACAUCAAGCAGCUUCCACGAACCCGUUCCGUGGAUAACAUGCUUAUGGAGUUUAGCAAAGGAAGUGAAGCUCUGGAGGAAAGCCGUGAUUGCUUACAGGAAUUGAGCGUUGCAUUGUCGGAAAUGUCGACUUCACCUGAAAUGAAAAAAGCUGCUGAUAGUGAAGCAGUGUCCGGCAUUCGAUCUCGUAUUGAACAUAUUCGACAGAUGAAAGGAAUCGUUCCGACAACUCCGAAAACUCCACCACGCGUUGAAGUUGAUAUGGAAGCGAAAGAAGAUCUUGAUAUAGAAGAAAAUGUAGUCCACUUUAGUCCGCUUGGGCUUCAGCUACAGGAUCUUUCGGGAAUUGUUGAAUCGACCAUCGAAGGAGCACAGUUAUUGAAGGACGUAGCUGCAACGGUGGAUGAACAAAUUGUCCAACAAGCGGCAGACCAAAGCAAUAAAUCCGUGAGGGAACUCAUGAAUAUAUCGAAUCGUUUGCAUGAUCUUACACAAGCUUGGGAGUAUACCGCGCAGGACAUGGACGAAUCCUCUCUUGGAAUUAUUGAAGAUGAGGACAUCGAAGAUAUCUUCGGUGGCAGUCCAACAGGUGCUAAGCUGGAUCGUAUGGUGGAAGCACUGGAUCAGUCGGUGAAGGAGGUCAUCGCCGAAGGAGGUGUUUCUGGAUCCGCCGCAGCCGAACAUCUUCAAACCAAUUUGCGUAACUUCCAACAAGCAUUGCAGGAGAUUAGUUUUCAUGAAUCGCUACUCGAAGGUAGUCUGGAACCGGAUGCAUUGGUGGAAGACAGUUUUGAAGAAUCGGGUCCUUUGGUGGAUAUUGUAUUGGAAGCCAGUGCAUUGGUUAAUGGUGUAGUUGAAGAGUUGGAACGAUCACUGCAGGCAGAAACUGUAGCGGUUGCGAAUGUUUCCGCGUCGUCUGAAAACGAUGAGCUGCUGGAGAAGAGCAAUGCCGUCGUGGAGGGAUUGGCAGAGGUACUCGAUCAGAUGGUAGCUAUAGAACCCGAAGUUCCUGAAGUUAAACCUCGAGUAGAAGGACCCAAACGAGCUGCAAUUGAAUCUCGUCUGAAAAUGCUUCGUUUGGCUUCAAGGCAACCAGUCGAAGAAGAUAUCCUAAUAGAUGUGCAUGACGAAGAACCUAUGGUAAUACCGGAAUAUGAACCGUUCCGACUGGAAUGGCAAGAUGAAAGGGAAGAAAUAUUAGCCGACGAAGAAAUGACACUAGAUGAUUUACUAAUGGAAGACGAAGGAGCUGCUACAACGGCAUUCUUCUCUAAACCCGUGCGUCGUCCGUUACCUUUCACGCCGAGCUUAAUCCGAAGAACAUUCACGCCGAAACGCGAACAACCGGUACCAUCUCCUAGACGCGUGGUAUUCCGAGACGAAGUGAAACAGGAAAUGAUGAAUCUGAUGGCCAGAGCGCAACAACAGCAAGAAGCUCUUCUGAAUGCAAGCCUUACCAUUCAGGAUAAUGCAUCGGAUGCAGCGGCUAUUGCAGCCAGUCAACGCAUAACGCAGCUGAUCACAAAUGCUCACGAAUCUAUGGCUGAUAUAGUUUCACAAGUACAACAAACCGAGGAAGACACAGACUUUGCCUGGCUUGGUCCAAUUGCACAUCAUCCGUUACCAAAGAAACCAGCUUUAAAACCUUCUGCCCGGGCGCCAGGGAAACCUCAUUUGAAAACUCCAUCGAAAACCGCUUUAAAAACUCCAUCGCGACCAACAGCUGGAAUGGCACCAAAAACACCUGCCCGAACACCAGCCAGACCCGCAGGAACUGCGAAAAAGCCUUCGGGUCCUACAACUUCAACAGCAAUCAAACCAAAAAGACCAACCUCAGCCUCAGGUUCACUUGCUCCUCCACCUGGUGUGCAGGUACCGAAACCUAGAGCAGGAUCGGCCACGCCCAUUCCGGUGAAACGACCUCCCCAUCCAAUUCCAUUGCCAUCGACGGGAGCAAGCGGUCCGUCAGUGCGAACAACGGCUUCCACUUCUUCUCUGCGAGCGACGCUUCCUCGGCCAACUUCAGCAGCGACGGCCAGCCGAAAGCGAUAAAAUUUGGGAAGUUUACGUAAAUUGUUAGGGAAUGCGUUAUUGA